CUGCACACCCGGAAGCAGAUCGCGCUGGGGAAAGGCCACAUCGCGCUGGGGAAAGGCCACAUCGCUAUGCGUGUGUUUCGGUCUACCUGGAUUAAACAUUUGCUUCGCUUUGUCUACCUGGAUUAAACGUGCACUUCGCAGUCCUCGGUUCUCCAUACCCGUGACCUGGGGAUCGCUACGGACCUUAAAAUACCGCAACAGCCCCAUUCGUCCCAACUUCUACCUCCUGGCCUCAAGCAGUCUUUCCACCCCAGCCUCUCAGCGCGCUGGAAUUACAGAUGUAAGCCACCACACCAGGCCUACGAGAUUUGACUUUUAAAGAAUUAAUUGUAUUGACUGAGAGAGAAGCCCAAAAGAGGAAGAAGAAAGAAAAGGAGUCAAGAAUGACUCUUCCUCAGGGAUCUUUGACAUUCAGGGAUGUGGCCAUAGAAUUCUCUCAGGAGGAGUGGAAAUGCCUGGAUCCUAUUCAGAAAGCUUUAUACAGGGACGUGAUGUUGGAGAACUACAGGAACCUGGGCUUCCUGGCAGGACUCUGUCUUCCUGACCUGAAUAUUAUCUCCAUGUUGGAGCAAGGGAAAGAGCCCUGGACUGUGGUGAGCCAAGUGAAAAUAGCAAGGAACCCAAAUUGGGGAGAAUGCAUGAAAGGCGUGAUCACAGGUAUCUCUCCUAAACGUGUGAUCAAGGAAUUACCACCAAUACAGAACAAUAACACAGGAGAAAAAUUCCAAACAGUGAUGUUGGAAGGGCAUGAAAGCUAUGACAUUGAAAAUGUUUACUUCAGAGAAAUCCACAAAAAUCUACAGGACCUUGACUUUCAAUGGAAAGAUGGUGAAAUAAAUUGUAAAGAAGCACCGAUGACCCAUAAAAACAAUCUUACUGGUACAAGAGUUCGACAUAGUCAAGGGGACGUAGAAAACAAGCAUAUUGAAAAUCAGCUUAUAUUAAGCUUUCAGUCCAGUCUGGCUGAAUUGCAGAAAUUUCAAACUGCAGGGAAAAUUUAUGAAUGUAAUCAAAUUGAGAAGACAGUUAAUAAUGGUUUUUUAGCUUCACCACUUCAAAGAAUUUUUCCUAGUGUCCAAACCAACAUUUCUAGGAAAUAUGGGAAUGAUUUUUUGCAACUUUCGUUACCUACACAAGAUGAGGAAACAUACAUUGGGGAAAAACCUUACAUAGGUAAUGAGUGUGGCAAAGCCUUUAGAGUGUCUCCAAGUCUUAUUAAUCAUCAGAUGAUACAUACAACAGAGAAACCUUACAGAUGCAAUGAGUCUGGCAAAGCCUUUAAUCGGGGCUCACUACUAACAAUACAUCAGACAGUCCAUAGAAGAGGGAAACCAUAUCAAUGUGAUGUAUGUGGCAAGAUCUUCAGACAAAAUUCAGAUCUUAUAAAUCACCAGAGAAGUCACACUGGAGACAAGCCCUACAUAUGUAAUGAAUGUGGCAAGUCCUUUAGUAAAAGUUCUCACCUUGCAGUUCAUCAAAGAAUUCAUACUGGAGAGAAACCUUACAAAUGUAAUCGAUGUGGGAAGUGCUUUAGUCAAAGUUCCUCUCUUGCAACUCAUCAGACAGUUCAUACUGGAGACAAACCCUACAAAUGUAAUGAGUGUGGCAAAACCUUUAAACGGAACUCAAGCCUCACUGCACAUCAGAUAAUCCAUGCAGGAAAGAAACCAUAUACAUGUGAUGUAUGUGGCAAGGUCUUUUAUCAAAAUUCACAACUUGUAAGGCACCAGAUAAUUCAUACUGGAGAGACACCUUACAAAUGUAAUGAAUGUGGCAAGGUCUUCUUUCAACGUUCACGUCUUGCAGGGCAUCGGAGAAUUCAUACUGGAGAGAAACCUUACAAAUGUAAUGAAUGUGGCAAGGUCUUCAGUCAACAUUCACAUCUUGCAGUGCAUCGGAGAGUUCAUACUGGAGAGAAACCUUACAAAUGUAAUGAAUGUGGCAAAGCCUUUAAUUGGGGCUCAUUACUCACUAUACAUCAGAGAAUUCAUACCGGAGAGAAACCUUACAAAUGUAAUGUGUGUGGCAAGGUCUUUAAUUAUGGUGGAUACCUUUCAGUUCAUAUGAGAUGUCAUACUGGAGAGAAACCGCUCCAUUGUAAUAAAUGUGGCAUGGUCUUCACUUACUAUUCAUGCCUAGCACGUCAUCAGAGAAUGCAUACUGGAGAGAAACCUUACAAAUGUAAUGUGUGUGGCAAGGUCUUCAUUGACAGUGGAAACCUCUCAAUACAUAGGCGAAGUCAUACUGGAGAGAAACCUUUCCAGUGUAACGAAUGUGGCAAGGUCUUCAGUUACUACUCAUGCCUAGCGCGUCAUCGGAAAAUUCAUACUGGAGAGAAACCUUACAAAUGUAAUGAUUGUGGCAAAGCCUAUACUCAGCGUUCAAGCCUCACUAAACAUCUGGUAAUUCAUACUGGAGGGAACCCUUACCACUGUAAUGAGUUUGGCGAGGCUUUUAUCCAAAGUUCAAAACUUGCAAGAUAUCACAGAAAUCCUACUGGGGAGAAACCACACAAAUGUAGUGAAUGUGGUAGAACUUUUAGUCAUAAAACAAGUCUGGUGUACCAUCAGAGAAGACAUACUGGAGAGAUGCCAUACAAAUGUAUUGAAUGUGGGAAAGUCUUUAAUUCCACUACAACCCUUGCAAGGCAUCGGAGAAUUCAUACUGGAGAGAAACCUUACAAAUGUAAUGAAUGUGGCAAGGUCUUCCGUUACCGCUCAGGCCUCGCACGUCAUUGGAGUAUUCAUACUGGAGAGAAACCUUACAAAUGUAAUGAGUGUGGCAAAGCCUUUAGAGUACGUUCAAUUCUGCUUAAUCAUCAGAUGAUGCAUACUGGAGAGAAACCUUAUAAAUGUAAUGAAUGUGGUAAAGCUUUUAUCGAAAGGUCAAACUUGGUUUACCAUCAGAGAAACCAUACUGGAGAGAAGCCAUACAAAUGUAUUGAAUGUGGCAAGGCAUUUGGGCGGCGGUCUUGCCUCACUAAACACCAACGAAUUCAUUCUGGUGAAAAACCUUAUAAAUGUAAUGAGUGUGGCAAAUCUUACAUUAGUCGCUCAGGCCUUACUAAACAUCAGAUAAAACAUACUGGAGAGAACCUUACAACUAAACUCAAUGUGGAAAGGCCUUUAGACGUUGUCCUAACUUCUGGGAUCCCCAAAUAAUUUAUACUUAACUGAUACAAUUUGUCUAUUUGUCCCUUCCCUUUGAAGUCUCAUGUGGAAUUGUAAUCUCCAGCAUUGGAGGUGGGGCCUAGUGGGAGGCAACUGGAUGAUGGGGGUGGAUUUCUCA